AUGAUGUCUCCCACACUCUCACUCUCACUCUCACUCUCAUUCUCUUGCAAUCCCAAACACACAAACUCGUUUUUCUCUUUUCCUUUGCAGGAUUUAGCCAACACUUCUACUCUCAGGCUUUCGCCAAAGCUUCCACUUCGUUGCUCUCAGGAAAGUAGCUUUGCAUCACCACCAGUUGGGCUUGAUGAAAGCAUCGGGGGAAUAUCAACCACAAACGACCGCGUUUUGAGCGGCAACAGUUUGGUGAAUCGGCAAAAUGGGUUAACUCCACUAGUCAGUGCAUUGAAAGCUUCUGCAGAGCAAAAUGUUGCCAGUUUUCACUUUCCUGGACAUAACAGAGGGCAUGCUGCUCCUGCUUCCUUGACUCGGCUCAUUGGAACGAGACCCUAUGUGCAUGAUUUACCUGAGCUUCCAGAACUUGACAAUCUCUUUUGUCCCCAAGGCCCAAUAUUAGAAGCGCAGACUGAAGCAGCCAAACUGUUUGGAUCGUCACAUACAUGGUUUCUUGUUGGAGGUACUACUUGUGGGAUACAGGCAGCCAUUAUGGCUACCUGUUCCCCGGGAGAAUUUCUGAUUCUUCCAAGGAAUUCCCAUAUAUCAGCUAUAUCUGCUAUGGUAUUGUCUGGUGCUGUGCCUAAGUACAUCGUUCCUGACUAUGAAAAUAAUUGGGACAUUGCUGGUGGUGUCACUCCAUUACAGGUAUUGAAAGCCAUCCGGGAAUUAGAAAUGGAAGGGAAAAAGGCUGCAGCAGUCUUCAUCACUUCGCCUACUUAUCAUGGUAUUUGCAGUAACUUAAGUGAGAUUUCCGAGCUGUGUCAUUCUCGAAAAAUUCCUUUGAUUGUUGAUGAAGCUCAUGGCGCACAUUUUGGAUUUCAUUCUGAACUGCCAAAGUCAGCCCUCCAGCAAGGGGCUGAUUUGACUGUACAGUCCACUCACAAAGUUCUCUGCUCUCUUACUCAGUCAUCUAUGCUGCACAUGUCGCGAAAUAUUGUAGAUAAGGAAAAUAUUGAUAGAUGUCUCCAAACUCUUCAAACCACAAGCCCUAGCUAUCUGCUUUUGGCAUCCCUGGAUGCUGCCAGAGCUCAACUUAGUGAAAGACCUGAUGUUAUAUUCAACCAAGCAAUUGCAUUAGCUUAUGAAGCAAGGUAUACGCUAAAACCAAUCCCCGGUAUAUCAGUGCUUGAGAAUUCAAGCUUUUCAACCUUCCCUGCAAUUGAUCCAUUGCGUCUCACUGUAGGCUUUUGGAAGCUUGGUUUAUCGGGUUAUGAAGCAGACGAAAUUUUAUACAGAGAUUAUGGUGUUGUCUGUGAACUUGUUGGGAAUAAAUCUAUUACUUAUGCAUUUAAUAUUGGGACUUGUAGGGACCAUGUCCAAAGACUUCUAUUGGGAAUAAAACAUUUGACUGCAACAUAUGCUUCCAUUCAGCACCGUGUAGAGAAAGUGCAUAAUGUUCAUGCACCCUUUGAUGAUAUAAUCAUGAAUUUGAUCCCUAGAGAUGCCUUUUUUGCUAGCAAAAGAAAAGUAACAAUAAGGGAGAGCAUCGGUGAGAUUUCAGGGGAGCUUAUAUGUCCAUACCCUCCGGGCAUACCAGUAUUGAUCCCCGGUGAGGUUAUCACCGAAAAAGCUGUUGAUUAUCUUCUAUAUGUUAGGAGUAAAGGUGCUGAUAUUAGCGGGGCAUCUGAUCCCUUACUUUCUUCAAUAGUUGUCUGCAACUUAUAG